UCCCCGUAACUGAAGCUAAGCUGCAGAAUGGCGUCAACUGCCGAAUUGUGAAGAUGCCAAAAACUUUCAUCGCGCGGCGGGGCAGUUUUCAAAGGAGCAGUCGACCAAGUGACACUUACAGCUACAGUAUUUACACUUCAACUCGUCAUAUUAUAUGCUGUACUAAAUAAUACAUUUGCGCAUGCUUAUACUUGUCGCCAACUCUUAGCACAGCGUUUCAGGAUACAAUCAUCACAGCGUCCGCAAUUCCAGCAGCAGGGUACCCGUCCGUACAUACACUCUCCGGGACCGAUCCUGACUCAAUGCGAUAACAUCUACCACAUCUCUUCGAAGCACACAUACUACAGCCAUGGAGGAUGACCGGUUACCCACGCUAUGGUCCUCCUUGGACCCUUCCUCAGACUACUUCUCCCUCGAGUUCUUCCCCCCCAAGACGUCGUCCGGCUUCUCGAAUCUGCAAGCCCGCCUGGCGCGCAUGGCCACGGCAUUACGCCCGCUUUUUGUAACAGUGACGUGGGGAGCCGGAGGAUCUACCGCGACAAAAUCCCUAGAACUGGCCGAGGUAUGUCAAAGACAGCUAGGCCUAACCACGGUCUUGCACUUGACAUGUACCAAUAUGAAGAGAAGCGCAAUUGACGAGGCGUUGGAAGGCGCGAAAGAGGUGGGUAUCAGAAACAUCCUGGCGUUGAGGGGCGAUCCACCGAGAGAAGAGUACAGAGAUACGGACGAUCGUGGGAGCGGAGGACAAGGAACAGACAGCAACGAGGAAUUCGUUUGGGCGGUCGACCUGGUCCGCUACAUACGCCAGCAGUAUGGGGACUACUUCUCGAUCGGAGUCGCAGGAUACCCCGAGGGUCAUGCAGACGAAAGCAAUCCUGAGGCGGGAAAACAAAGAGUCGAGUAUGACUUGCCGUAUCUGGCAGAGAAAGUCGGUGCUGGAGCAGAUUUCAUCAUGACCCAGCUGUCGUACGACAUCCAAGCAUAUCGAGCAUACGAAAAGAGGUUGAGAGAGUAUGUGGACAAUGACGGACAGAAGUUGUUUCAAAAGAUCCCUAUCAUUCCGGGUCUCAUGCCCAUACAAUCCUACCAAAUCCUUAAGAGGAUCACCAAACUCAGUCACGCCAAAAUCCCUGACGACAUCUCAAAGAGGAUAGAAGCCGUGAAGUCAGACGAUGACGCUGUGAAGAAGGUCGGCGUCGACAUACUCAGUGAACUGGUCGAACAGAUCAAACAAUGUCCACAACCCGAAGGAGUUCCGCGUGGUUUCCAUUUCUACACACUCAACCUAGAAAAGUCCGUGUCUUUUGUUCUCGAACGAUCUGGACUUAUCUCAUCCGAACUGGAACCCAGUCCGGUCUACUCUUCUGACAGCGAUGCUAUUGCCGACGACGAGAAGCGACCAGCCACCAAUGGCCAUACCAAUGGUGACAGCCAUGAAAGUCGAUUCUUCAAGCGCAGAACAAGCUCAAUCAACGCCCAACCUCAUAAUCGAGUCAUCCUUGAUGGUUCAUCAAAGUCGCCUCAUCGGUCAAGAAAAUCCGGACAGGACUCGGACUCGGUCACACCAAUGCUGGCUCAACAUGAAGCUGGCGAUAGAGGCACGGGGAUCCCUGCAUCAGAUCCGACGAGAAAACAUAACCUUAUGAUCUCCGAAGGUCAAGGUGCAUUAGGACGAGAAGCCACGUGGGAUGACUUUCCCAAUGGCCGCUGGGGUCCGUCACAUUCUCCUGCUUUCGGUGAGAUCGACGGAUAUGGACCCAGUCUGAAAGUUGGACCAAUUACGGCACGAAAACUCUGGGGACACCCCGAAUCGCCGGCUGAUGUUACGGACUUAUUCCGGCGGCACGUCAUUGGAGAUUUGAAGGCGGUGCCCUGGAGCGACGAGAUCGACGUAGAUGGAGAAAGCAGUGGAGACCUUGGUGCUUUGAGGGCCGAGACAGAGAUCAUUCGGAAAGAGCUGCUCGCCUUGAUACAACAAAAGGGCUACUGGACGCUGGCCAGUCAACCUGCUGUCGACGGUGUCAAGAGCGAGGACGAGACAUUCGGUUGGGGUCCUCCAGGCGAGGGAUUUGUGUUUCAAAAAGCGUUUGUCGAGUUCUUCUGUCCGCGGAAAGAGUGGGAGGAACAUUUGCGACCAAAAUUGACAAGUUAUCCUCCGGAAACAGUGGGAUGGAUGAAAACAGACGCGAACGGUGCCGUCGAGUCGAGCGAUGACAUCGUGCGGGAAGAGACUGCUGAUAAACCGACAUCGAAACGCACGCCAGGCACGAGUGGAGUGAAUGCAGUAACGUGGGGCGUCUUCAGACACAAGGAGAUUGUUACGCCGACUAUCAUUGAGAAGGAGAGUUUCAGAACGUGGGGAGAGGAGGCGUAUAGUAUAUGGAGUGUGUGGAGGAGAUGUUUCCCACGAGGUAGUGACGUCGAGCAGUUUCUGGAACGGACGAGGAAGGAUUUGGUACUGGUCAAUGUGGUCGGUCAGAACUAUAUUGGUGGUCAUGAUGGUGAGGGUGGAGAGCUGUGGAAGAUAUUGAUAAGGGGUGAUUGAUGAAGGGGAGGAGUAGACACUCGACACGACCUGCAGUGGAGGAGUCCUCGCCAAUAGUGCAAGGCUAUGCUCAACGUGAAGAGUACAUCUACACUGUCAGAAGCUCGAAGUUGGUCAGGCGAAAUCAGCUCAGCCUCGUGACAAGCUGGCAAGGCUGAACCUCCUUAUCGAUCUCCGAUACCGAGGUAAGAGCCUCACGCUUGCAAUCCCACCAGAAUGGCAGACAUGUUUCCUCU